UUAAAGUUUGUUUGUUCGGCGAAUGCGGUGUGUGCUGAAAACGUGUUAGCUACUUUGUACGGCGAUAAUUAAAAUGAACCUGAAUUGGAUAUUCGAGACAUUCCGUGGACUUCCGAGAUCUCGCCAUCGCGAUUAGGCACGAAACUAAUUUUGAUUAGACAACUUACUUUUUUCCUCUCUCUCUCUAGCCUGAAGGAACAUUUGUCUAGUGGUAGGAGCGGCAUUUGCCAUUAUACUAGACCUCGGAGUUUACGACCUUAAUGCACAGGAGAAUAAGGGCAGUAAUGCAGACUAGAUGUGUAUGUGACCGCAAGGAUUGUAACGCCACUGCGGUCAUUUGAAUUUAUUUAAACCUCCGUGGGUUUGUUUGGCGAUUGAUAAAUAUGACCGAUACCGAGGACGUAUGAGCGUAGGACUCUGACAUUCCUAUAGUAGCCAAGAUAAACUGCGCACAACUCCCAGAUGGUUACUAAGAAGGGUUAAACUGUAUCUAAAGCGAGUUGGAAAAUCCAGCCUUUCCUCCACACGGAUCAACUCAUUGGAUGGGAGCUGAGAGAGAGACAAGAGUCCCCAGCAAAUCAGGAGCUAAUUGAUUAAAGAGGCUUCAUUUGAAUAGGGGGCUGGCGAGGUGCCAAUCGCCCCUCAAAGAGCCCCUGUAUGAUUAAUCGCAAAGCAUUAUUGAUAAUCAUAAUUAUAGCAGGACACAUGCGCGGUGGAUGGGCUCGAUUUCCGUAAUUCCGAGAAGAUUUUUUAGCAAUUUUCUAUUCCGUCCCGGCUGAUGUGUGAGCCACCAUGUCGCGGAGGAAACAAGCGAAGCCGCAGCAUUUCCAGUCGGACCCGCGUUUGGCCUUAUCGGAGCACAAUGGGGACGUGGGGCCUUGUCCAGAGAGCUCCCCGAGAGCAGAGCCGGACACCCGUGUCUGCGGGAGCUGCUGCGCGGAGUUUUUUGACCUCGCCGACCUGGAGCGGCACCAGAAGAACUGCACUAAGAACCCGUUGGUCCUGAUCGUGAACGACGGCCCAGCUUCCCCUCCCGAGCCGUUCUCUCCGGGCUCGCCAAGCGAAAACCCUGAUGAGCUGGUGGGCGACUUGGCGGCCGGCUCUGAUCACAUCGAGUGUAGCGGCCCGACUGAGAGCGGCGUUCCGGAAGAAGUGGAAUCCAUGGAUGUUGACGUGCCCCCAGCACACUGUAGCGGCAGUGCCAAUAGGACCGGUUCUGUCGUGAGCAGCCUGGACCACAGUGGCAGUGUCGGGACUGGUUCUGGUCCGGCCACCGGAGCCUCGGCCAUAUCCACGUCUCUACCUCAGCUAGCCAAUCUGAACGAUCUGGGUGGUCUGUCCAUGAUCAGCAGCAACGUCAUCAUCGAGAACCUACAAAGCACCAAGGUGGCCGUGGCUCAGUUCUCCCAGGGAACCCGUUCCAGUGGUACUGGCUGCAAAGUGGCGGUACCGGCCCUGAUGGAGCAGCUUCUGGCUUUGCAGCAGCAGCAGGUCCACCAGUUACAGCUCAUCGAGCAGAUCCGCCACCAGAUCCUGCUGCUGGCAUCACAAAGCCCUGAGACGGCCGAGGCACCCAGAAGCCCCUCUGGGAUGUCGGGGACGGGCACCAGCCCGCUGUCGGCCCUCAGCUCGCACCUCUCCCAGCAGCUAGCUGCGGCCGCAGGGCUGGCUCAGAGCCUUGCCAGCCAAUCUGCCAGCAUCAGCAAUCUGAAACACUUGACGGCAGCGGCAGCAGCGGUGCAGCUACCUCAGGGUGACCCUGGCAGGGCAGCGGCACCUCCUGGGGGCGAGUCAUCUCAGAGCAUUGGCACGCCAUUGGCUGUGGGCACCCUGUCCUCAGAAAGGCAACCUGCACAGCCUCCCCUCGGCAAUCCAUCACUGGUGAAAACAUCCACGGCUGCUUUUGGGAUAGGGAACCUUUUAAAACCUGUAGCAAAUCCGCUACUACCUCAGACCCUUCCUAGCAAUCCCAUGUUCCCUAACUCAUUGCCCAGUGUGGGCACAACUGUGGAAGACUUGAGCUCAUUGGCUGCCCUGGCACAGCAAAGGAAAGGCAAGUCCCCCAGCAUCACCUCAUUUGAGCCCAAGAGCAGUCCAGAGGAGGCUUUCUUCAAACACAAAUGCAGGUUCUGUGCCAAGGUGUUUGGGAGUGACAGUGCCUUGCAGAUCCACUUGCGGUCUCACACUGGGGAGAGGCCGUACAAAUGUAACAUCUGCGGGAAUCGCUUCUCCACCCGUGGGAACCUGAAAGUCCACUUCCAGAGGCAUAAAGAGAAGUACCCUCACAUCCAGAUGAACCCUUACCCCGUUCCAGAACAUUUAGAUAACAUUCCAACCAGUACUGGCAUUCCAUAUGGCAUGUCCAUGCCACCAGAAAAGCCAGUGACCAGUUGGCUGGAUAGUAAGCCGGUUCUGUCUACCCUGACCUCCUCCGUGGGCCUCUUGCUUCCACCAACCCUCCACAGUCUGCCCCCUUUCAUUAAGAAAGAGGAGAGCCAUUCUGUGGCCAUUAUGAGCCCUUCAAGCUCCAUCAGAAGCGACUCAGGUGCGGCCGAGCUCUCUGCGAAGACUAACGAUUUUGUCUCAGAAGAAGGCGAAGGUGGUACCCUUCCUACCUCAAACGGGAAGACCGAAGACAGCACUCAACCCAUCAACUUCUUCACCAGUGUAAGCUCUGCCAUGGAGAACAGCAGAGACGGUGCCACCAGCAGCCCUCCUGUGACCACCAAUCCUCUGGUGCCGCUCAUGUCUGAGCCCUUCAAGGCCAAGUUCCCCUUCGCAGGGCUGCUGGAGCCCAUUCACACCUCGGAGACCUCUAAGCUGCAGCAGCUCGUAGAGAACAUUGACAGGAAGGGGAGUGACCCAAACGAGUGUGUCAUCUGUCGCCGUGUGCUCAGCUGCCAGAGUGCAUUGAAGAUGCACUACCGCACACACACUGGUGAGAGACCCUUCAAGUGCAGAGUGUGUGGCCGUGCGUUCACCACCAAGGGCAACCUGAAGACGCACUACAGCGUCCACCGUGCCAUGCCUCCACUCCGGGUCCAGCACUCCUGCCCUAUCUGCCAGAAGAAGUUCACCAAUGCUGUGGUCCUGCAGCAGCACAUCCGUAUGCAUAUGGGAGGGCAGAUUCCCAAUACCCCCCUCCCUGACACUUACCCUGAGUCUAUGGGGUCAGAUGCUGGCUCCUUCGAUGAGAGAAACUUCGAUGAUUUGGAGAACUUCUCUGAUGACAACAUGGAAAGUAUGGAAGACUUCCCCGACAGCAGUAUUCCAGACACGCCCAGGUCUACCGAAGCCUCCCAAGACAGCCGGUGUUCCUCCCCGGGUCAGCCUGAGCAUAUUGGGAGGGGAUGUGUGGAGAGCCAGACUAAGGUGACCCAGCAAGAGCUACUGGAGGAGCUGCAGGCCAGCAGAGCAAAAUCCAUGGAAAAUGGCUCUAUGGAGGGGGACCGCCUCACCAACGACGACUCAUCCCUGGGGGAUGAUGUUGAGAGCCAAAGUGUUGGAAGCCCAACUCUUUCCGAGUCUACCUCAUCAAUGCAAGCUCCAUCUCCUACCAACAGUGCCCCUAUUCACCGCAAGUCCCCCAACUUUGAAGACCGACAGUUGAAGGCUUUGUCACUGGACCAUAUUAAUACGGGUUCCAAGCAGCCCCCGGCCACUGGGGCUCUAGAUCUGACAUCCUGUAACUCCUCAAAAGACGCCCUGACCAUGAUGUUUCCCUUCCGUGAGCGCAGCACCUUCAAGAACACAGCGUGUGACAUCUGUGGCAAGACCUUCGCCUGCCAGAGUGCCUUGGACAUUCAUUACCGAAGCCAUACCAAAGAGAGACCGUUCAUUUGCACAGCCUGCAACCGUGGCUUCUCUACCAAGGGUAACCUCAAGCAGCACAUGCUUACUCACCAGAUGCGAGACCUGCCCUCACAGCUCUUUGAGCCCUCCACCCCAAGCCCCAGUCCUUCACUCCUCUCCACCAGCUCCCUGGCCUCCAUGAUCAAGACGGAGGUCAACGGCUUCCUCCACGGCUCCUACCAGGAUGUCAAGGACCCUGUGGUGAGCCUGGUGACAUCGCAGGCUGCCACAUCACCCCCAGUGCUCUCUUCAGCCCCUCCUCGUCGGACACCUAAGCAGCAUAAUUGCAACUCCUGUGGAAAGACCUUCUCCUCUUCCAGUGCCCUGCAGAUCCACGAACGGACACACACUGGGGAGAAACCGUUCGCAUGCACUAUCUGUGGACGAGCUUUCACUACCAAAGGCAAUCUCAAGGUUCAUAUGGGAACUCACAUGUGGAACAGCGCCCCUGCCAGGCGGGGUCGCAGGCUAUCUGUGGAUGGUCCCAUGGCCUUUCUGGGCACCAACCCCGUGAAGUUUCCCGAGAUCUUCCAGAAGGACAUGGUGUCGCGAGCUGGCAACGGCGACCCCACUGGCUUCUGGAACCAGUACGCCGCGGCCUUCUCCAGCGGCCUGGCCAUGAAGGCCAACGAGAUCUCAGUCAUCCAGAACGGGGGGCUACCACCCCUGUCUGGGGGUGUGGGCCACGGGGGCAGCUCUCCUCUGGGGGGCGGCACGGGGAGCAUGGAGAAGUUGCCCGUUUCCGAGGCGAGCACCGCACUUGCUGGGCUCGAGAAGAUGGCCGGCGCCGACAACGGGACCCAUUUCCGCUUUGCGCGCUUCAUGGAGGAUAAUAAGGAAAUAGUCACCAACUAGCCAACGACGGCCUUCCCAUAAUGCAAAGGGAGGAACAAGGGGGGGGGAGGUCAAGGCAAAAAAGAAAGCUGUUUGAAACUAUGAACUUUAUCGGGGGGGAAAACUGACUCUUUUUGUACAAUGUACAACAUGAUACAGUUUUAAGACGCUUAUUUAUUAGUGAUUAUAACCUUGCUUGGAAUCCAGAUGAAACAUUAACAGUUAGUUUUCUGUUCUAUGGCCAGGAUGGGUUUGUAUGAGUGCUUAAAACGUGCUUUUGAAACUUAGCAUUUGCAACCAUAUCUGGGUAGAUGACCUUGGCAUUAAAUUAUUUUAUAUAUGUAGUAUAUAUGUAUAACAUAGGCUUUGAUGUUCCUGUAAUGUGUUAGAUCUAAUAAACAGCAAAGGUUGUAAAUAAUGUACACUUCUGUGCUGGAAGAUCCACUAGCUUUAUAUCUUUUAAUCUUUCCUCUAUGAAAAAAUAGCGACCGCAGGAGAGUGACUACGAAGCCGAAAUCAUCUUUUAUCCCCGCCAUGUCGUUUUUUUUUUCUCUUGAAGGAAAAAAUUUAAAUAAAACGGCUGUCUAAGUUUUUCAUAGAAUUAACCCAUUUUUUUGUUCACGCUAUUCUGUUGUACUCUUACCUAACACUUGUUUUGUAGCGUGUUUUUAUUUGUCUUUUGGUUUGAGGUAUUAGUUAAAACCUAUGACUGCUCUUUGAGGGAAAUUUCCAACCUUUUGUCUUCCCUGGCCGAACAGAAAGGGUUUUUUUUUUUUUGUCGUUUUCCUUUUAUUCCUUGCGCACUGGAAAUGCUGGAUCGCCGCGUGCUGCUACAUUUCAGCAUCUUUCUCCACAACAUGCAGCGUAGAUGUAGAUACUUCUGUACAUAAUCAGAACUUUUCCAAUUUGGUCCAUUACGAGAGAUGUACCUAUUCCUGAAAUAGUAGUCCAUGUCGACCAGAGGACAAGUACGUGGUUUUUAUAAUAUAAAAUUACACGAAGAAGGUUUUGAAAACCUCUUGAACUAUAUCAUGCACUUUCUUUGAAAGUUAAGUAUUCCAUUCAUCUACAGCAUAAUAGCGAACUAACAAACAAGAUAGUCUAAUUCCUAACCCUAAUAAGCAAAUACAGCAGUUUUUUUUUUCCAAAAUCAGACAUGUUCUCCUACUUAAAGUAAUUUUAUUCAAGUUGACGCGAGACGUGAUGUGAAUACGCCUCCUGUGUUAUGGUCUAACACUGAUGCAUACCAUUUUCCUUUUAUUGUCGUCUCAUUUCUUUUGUUACUUUUUGCAUCAAUAUUUAAUUAAAUGAACACAGAAAGCAAACUACAUUACAUUCCUAGAAUUACGGUCAAGUGAGAACAGCCAUUCUCUGCACGCAUACUGCUUCUAAAAACCACAUGUUAAAAUCCCUUCUCUUUGACCGGCGAACAAAUAAAAGACGGCUUUUGCAGUGGAUCCUGAGCAAUUUGUCGAAGGUAAAAUUAACGAGUUCGUCUCAGUUGCAUAAAAGAAAAAGACUGUGACUGUCGACUCUGUCCACCUUUCCCGCUCUUGUCAAUCUACGAAAUCCUUACGUGUCCUGUCGAGCCGCCGGAAUUGUCUGUACUGAUGAUUUCUGCGGCCCGUUUGUUUCGAAAAAAAUGUUUUAUUUCAAUGCAAAAUGAAUAUCGUUAAAGGAAGCCUAGCAGAAUACUCAGGGACGAUUUAAAGUCCCAGGGUACACUGUAAAUUAUUGUCCAUUAUCUUAAAGGUGCGAACGCAUGCAUUUCUUCAAUUUAAAAAUUGAAAGGGGAGUUCGAAAUAUGCAAGUCUUAAGUAUCAUACGUUGGUUCAUUAAAUGUUUUUAAAGCAU